AUGUGUAGAGGGUUUCAACACAACGAAAGAGAUCGCUUGAGAAUCAAAGCAUUUUAUAUUCAUUUAUCAGUUUCAUGUACAAGGAAGAUUUUACCUGAUUUUUUGACGCUGCAUUAUCUUCCUCGGAUUAACGGGAGCCCUUUGGAGAUAAACGGGUCGGAUAUUAAACCCGAUUCGCCCGGCUUCGUCACGCUUCACAGGGUAUUAUUGGAGGAGAGCAAAGGGGUUGUUUAUGGGAGUAGAGAGAGAGUAAAGGUUUGUGAAGGAGUGAGAUUUGAGAUAUAUGUUGGGGAUGUAAAGGUGUUGAAAGGAACUUUUGGGAAAGACGAGGGAGAAAAUUGGAAAAUGGAGUGCAAAUGUUGUUUAACGGAGAGUGAUGAUAUCAAGGUGAAGGAUGCUGAGAUAUGUGUCUCUGUGGAAGGUCAGGCUGCGGUGAUGAGAGAGAAGGUGGCGAUGGCGGUGGCACGGCGGCGGAGUCGCUCGACGUGUUGUCAAUUGGAGGAAAUUCCGGAGGAGAGAGAGAGAGAUUUUGAACUUGAAUCAGACGGCUGCUGUGGUUGUUCUGAUUGUAUCGGCGACGGCAGCAAUAAAGGUGGCGAGAUGGACGUGGAAAUGGAGGCGGUAGCAUGGGCCCUGGAUGUGGGGAUUUGGGUGAUGUGUCUUGGAGUUGGAUACUUCGUUUCAAGGGCUUCUUCAAAGAGCUUGCGUAGGAAGAGACUGAUAUAA